AUGGAGACAAUCACCACGCCCACGGCAUUGCAGAAGGAGGAGGCCGUUCUUGAAGAUAAGGCGUGUGAAGCCGUGGAGAAGAUCACAAUGCGGCUACGAAUCAAGCAUUUCACAUGGGCGCAGUUCACGAUGCCUCUUUCAACAGGCGGCAUAGGUCUGCUGCUCGCAUCGCAACCCCACCGUUUCGCCGGCCUCGAGACCAUCGGCAAGAUCUUCUUCAUAUUCGAUCUGGUCAUUCUUGCUGUGGCUCUCGCUACAAUAUGCGCACGUUUCAUACUGCAUCCGGGCACCUUCACUCAGUCUCUGGUGCAUCCUACCGAGGCGCUCUUUAUACCGACUGUGCUGAUCACACUGGCCAACCUGAUCGGUAGUGCGCAAGUGUACGGGGGACCACACUGCGGACAUUGGUUCUUGGUGGCGAUGCAGGUGCUGUUCUGGCUGUACGUGGCUGCAGCGUUUUCAGGCGCCGUCGUGCAGUAUUUGAGCCUCUUCACUGGCCACCCAAACCGUUUGACUGUGCAAAGCAUGACUCCAGCGUGGAUUCUGCCGAUAUUUCCAAUUAUGAUCGGCGGCACGCUCGCGAACCUCAUCGCUCCGGAACAGAACCCGACCCAACGCAUGGCCAUCAUCGUUGCUGGCGUUUCAUUUCAAGGACUCGGCUGGAUGGUCGCGUUCUUAAUGUACGCCGCAUACAUCCAGCGCCUGAUGGCAUACGGCCUACCCGCACCGAACCUGCGUCCCGGCAUGAUGAUCAGUGUCGGCCCACCAUCCUUUACGGGUCUCGCACUCAUCGGUCUGAGCCAGGCUCUCCCGCCGACCCAAAGCUUCUUCGCUACCAGACCAUUCGCGGUACAAGACCUCCAGGCGAUGGCCCUCUUCGCAGGCAUCUUCUUGUGGGUGCUUGCAUUCUGGUUCUUCUGCAUCACAACCAUCUCAGUCAUGAUGGGGAUUCGCGAGAUGUCUUUCCACUUGAUUUGGUGGGGUCUUGUGUUUCCAAAUGUCGGCUUCACCAUCGCCACGAUUAAGAUUGGACAGCAACUGGAAAGCGAAGGCAUUCUGUGGGUGGCCAGCAUCAUGUCCAUACUCCUGGUGGCGAUGUGGAUAUUUGUACUUGGCUGCCAUAUACGAGCGUUGGUGAGGAAGGAUAUUAUGAUGCCUGGGAAGGACGAGGAUCAGGCUUGCUACAAGACACCCGACGAGAAGCGUGGUAUUAUCUAG